UGAAAAAGUCUUCCAUCCCUAAUAGACAUUUCAUAACCAGCGAAGUCCGCCGGACUCCGAUUUAUUUAACGAAAACAUAGCCAAAUCCUAACUAAAAUGAGGCUGACGAAAACCUUAUGUGCCCAGCACAUUGGAUGGCACUUCAAGAAGCACUGGCUGGUCCAGGGAAAGCGAGUCCCCAAGGAAACUGGCGCUGUGGCCGAGCUCCUCAAACUGGGGGUUCAGGUGAAGAACCCAGAGGAUCUUGUGAACGCCAAAGUUGAAAGAAAAGUGGUGGACGUUGUUGGCAGCCUCGAGAAGAAGAUUCCCGAGGACAGCAGGCACCCCGACUGGCAUUCCGCGGUUUGCCACUCCUAUUCCGACAACAGCGUGCUAAUUGGCGGAUUGCCACAAGCCCAGGCUCUGACCAACUGCAUCGAGAUCCAGUCCUUCCCCAAGCAGAUCGAGGAUGUGAUUGCCAACCAGCAGUUGCCCAACUCCAUAGACAAGAGUAUCCGGCACGCUAUUUUGGCAUCCCACGUGCUCGAUGCGGAGCAAGUGAAGCUGCCCAAGGUGAGGCUUCCAGAGCGUCCGGCCUUUAAUCUGCCCCGUUCCUACGGAAUUUCCCAGGAAAGGGUCAAUCGCCUGCUGGUAAACAAACUCCUUCAUGAGACCGAAAAGCUAGCUGGUCGUUCAGUCUCCAUGCGAAGAAAGCUAAUAGAUAAUGCCACUUUCAAAACGACGAUAAAUAAGGAUGGUGAUCUUCUUGGUUUCUCCAUCCAUGCUGAAAAGGUGGUUUUCGCUAACCGUGCCAUCGAAGCUGUCAAGGGAAAAUUUGAAGGUGAUUUGCCCGAUCUCUACCCCAUGAAGACUACCAUAUCGAUUCCAAAGCACCAUAUUUACCAAACAGACAACUUCUAUCCCCUGCGCAUGGACAUCAACUGCUCUCAUCCACACACUAUAUUCACGGUCUUUAACAAAAACCUGGUUAAAAACUCUCAUGGAUCCGACGUCACAACUUCUCAGAUUCAGGCAAGGACAUUGGUCAAAGCUUUCGUUGUAGCCGCGGCAAGAGCCAGGCAAUUGCAUGGUGCUUCCGUGCAGGGUGCUCUUCCCAAGCCGAUUGUCGUGCAGAGUGUCCAGACCGACGGACGCACAUUCCACUUCGGAGUGCUGCAGCUGAACACGCUCGACCUUGGCGCCAAAAGCCCUUCCAAGAACUAUUGGUUCCACAGGCAGAACUACGAUCUGUUUUCAGACUGCAGUUACGAAGCGGGAAGGUUGCAUUUGGAAAACUACAACGGCGAUGUCUUCCGCAUAUUUAAUGCUUUUUAUAACAAUGCCUAAAAUAUAAGUGGAACUUAAAAAUAAAA